UCAGAGCUGCAGCUGUCCCGCCCUGUGUUGCAACCAACUGCUGCACCUGCUGCAAGCUGCGGCUUCUGCAAGCUGCACUGCUGCUCCCGGAGCGUCGGGAAUAGCCGCCUUCCCACUGCCCUCCCGGAGGCUCCAGGGAUUUGCAAGGAAACCGCCCCGCCACAGACAUCAUGUGGCUGGAAAUCUUCUUGGCCACGGUGCUGGGCCUGGUCAUCUACCUGUUUAUGUCCAGAAAGAAGGAGGAAACCCUGCUCAUUGGAGAUGGGUGGUGGGGGCCAGGCAAGAAGCCCACCAUAGCUGAAGAUGAAAGCAUCCGCCCGUUCACUGUGGAAACCUCAGAAGAGGAGAUCAAGGAUUUACAUCGGAGGAUUGAUGAGACCCGCUUCACCCCACCCCUGGAGGACAGUGGCUUCCAGUACGGGUUUAACUCAAAUUACCUCAAGAAGGUCGCUGACUACUGGAGGAAUACAUUUGACUGGAAGAAACAAGUAGACAUUCUCAACCAGUACCCCCAUUUCAAAACAAAGAUCGAGGGGAUUGACAUCCACUUUGUCCACGUGAAGCCCCGCAACGUCCCCCCAGGCCAGAGAGCCAAACCUCUGCUGAUGCUGCACGGCUGGCCCGGUUCCUUCUACGAGUUCUAUAAGAUCAUUCCCCUCCUGAUCGACCCCAAGAGUCACGGCUUGAGCGAUGAGCACAUCUUUGAGGUCAUCUGCCCCUCCAUUCCUGGCUAUGGAUUCUCCGAGGCAUCUCACAAGCAAGGCUUCAACUCCGUGGCUGCUGCUCGGAUCUUCUACAAGCUGAUGCUCAGACUGGGCUUCCAGGAAUUCUACGUCCAGGGUGGCGACUGGGGCUCAAUGAUUGGCACUGUCAUGGCCCAGAUAGCACCCAAGCACGUGAAAGGUCUCCACAUAAAUAUGGCUUUCCUGUCAAACAAGAUGUUCUUCCAGAUAACUUCUCUCAUGCUGGGCCGCUGGUUCCCUGGACUCGUCGGCUUUCAGGAGAGAGACAUCCAGCUACUCUACCCACUCAAGAAGAUUUGGUCUGUACUUUUAAAGGAAUCUGGCUACCUCCACAUCCAGGCCACGAAGCCCGACAGUGUAGGCUGUGCGCUGAACAGCUCCCCAGUUGGGUUGGCUGCGUACAUCCUGGAGAAGUUCUCGUCCUGGACGGAUAUGGAAUUCAGGAACCUAGAGGAUGGAGGGCUGGAGAGGAAGUAUUCUUUGGAUGACCUGCUGACCAACGUCAUGCUCUACUGGGUGUCGGGAAACAUUGUGUCCUCCCAGCGCUUCUACAAGGAGAACUUUAAAGGGCUGGGCCAGGAGAAGCAUGAGAAGAUACCAGUGUACGUCCCCACAGGCCUGGCCGCCUUCCCCCAGGAAUUGCUCCACAGCCCACGCUCCUGGGCCCGGCUGAAGUACCGGAACCUCGUCUCCUACGCUUACAUGGCCCGCGGCGGCCACUUCGCUGCCUUUGAAGAGCCCGCGUUGCUAGCCCAGGACAUCCGCCAGUUCGUCGGGAGAGUGGAGCAGCAGGAGUGAGGAUAGAGGCGGGACCGAGCAGUGGCGGUUGCUCCCUUUCCCCUCCCCUAACCGCACUUCCCGCCACCCUUCCCGGGGCCUGGGUUUGUUGACUGCCCUUCUCGGCUGGGGCCUGAGCGUGGACUCUCCCCUCCUCCCCUGAGGUACAGGAGGGCAGGGAGGCUGAGCUGCUGCAGCUAAGGCUGCCUAAAGCCCUGGCCGAGCCCUGUUCCUUCACCCACCCCGUGGCCCCAAGCUGCUUUCCCCUCUCCUGUCUCCCCGGCUCACCGUAACUGCAGUCAUUUCUUCCAGGGAGGAAGGAAUAGAGGGCAAGGGGAGGUGGGGAAGUGACGCCUGCUUUUCUUUCUGUAAAAGAAAAAGAUCAAUUGCAAUAAACGCUUUUGCUUUCCAAGA